AAAUUGACGUAGCGUCUUUUGCCGAACGCAGAAAUUAAAGUUUUUAAAAAACUUCUGACGUGUGCAUCGAAAGUAAAAAAGAUCAUUGUUCCCAAAAAAAUCGCAGUAGAUUCUAUACUAAUUGCGAGCAAAGUAUACGAUAUUUUACUGAAGUCAGCAAUCGAGCAAAACAAAAAAAGCAAUGAAAAUACCAGAAAAGAGUAGUUUUCUUGUGUACUCAUUGAGUAUUUUCUUUUGCUACUUUCUAUUCGGAAUUGUGCAGGAGAAAAUCACACGGGGCCGGUAUGGUAAUGAACCCAAUGAAGAUGGUAAAGUAGGUGAGCGCUUCACAUAUGUUCUGGCUUUAGUGUGGGUGCAAUGUUUUUGUAAUUUCAUUUUUGCCAAAGGUAUGUUAUGGGCCAAAAAAACAAAAAAAGAGGAUCAAACACACUCGGGUUACUAUGCUGUCUGUGCGCUCACCUACUUAUUAGCUAUGAUAUCGUCUAAUAUGGCACUGCGUUGGGUGCCGUACCCCACACAGGUGGUAGGAAAAUCAGCCAAACCGAUUCCAGUAAUGAUAUUAGGUGUUUUAAUUGGACGCAAAUCCUAUUCAUGGGUGCGUUACGCUUGUGUUAUAACUAUAGUUGUGGGUGUAGUGCUUUUUAUGUAUAAAGAAAGCCAAAUUGCACAUUUACCAAAAGAAACUACGGGUUUGGGAGAACUUCUGUUAUUUCUGAGUUUGGCUAUGGAUGGAUUAACCGGUGCAGUGCAGGAGAGAAUGCGUGCAUCGAGCGCACCAUCUGGACAGCAAAUGAUGUUUGCUAUGAAUUUUUGGAGCACCAUUAUGCUAAGUUUUGCUACAAUUUUGACAGGUGAAGCUAAGGAAUUUAUCCAUUUCGCUACACGUCACCCUGAACUGUGGAGCCAUUUAGCAAUGCUUGCAUUAUGUGGUGCUAUAGGUCAAUUAUUUAUCUUUCUUAUGGUUGCCAAAUUCGGACCACUCGCCUGUUCUGUGGUGACGACAACGCGUAAAUUCUUCACCGUGUUAUGUUCGGUAUUGUUCUUUGGCAAUGUGUUGAUACCGCGACAGUGGUUCGGCGCAUUGUUGGUUUUUGCAGCGCUGUUCUUUGAUAUGUUCUAUGGCAAGGGAAAUGAGAAGAAAACUGCAGCUGCAAAGAAAGCUGAAGGAGAUCUUGCGGAUGACAAGAAAAAGUUGAUAUCAUAGGAUUUAGAUGAAAUAGUUUAGAUUAUAUAAAAUUUUAUAUAUUAUUUUUAAAUUACUAGAUAUAUCAAUGAUAUAUUUAAACAUUUAACAGAUAACUUCCAUAUUUAAAAUAAUAGUGUUUACGAUGUAUAAAGUAAAAUUUCAAUUAAGUUUGGUCUCACUACUUUCUCUUUUUUUUGAAGGUAGUAAUAUAUUUUUUGUACAAAUAAAAU